ACCGUGUUCACUAGCAACCACACAAACAGCAACCAUGGUGCAUCUGACUGGUGAGGAGAAGAGUGCCGUUGGCGCCCUGUGGGGCAAGGUGAAUGUGGAGGAAGUUGGCGGUGAGGCCCUGGGCAGGCUGCUGGUGGUCUACCCCUGGACUCAGAGGUUCUUUGACUCCUUUGGGGACCUGUCCUCUGCUUCUGCUGUGAUGAGCAAUGCUAAAGUGAAGGCCCAUGGCAAGAAAGUGCUGAACUCCUUCAGCGAGGGUCUGAAGAAUCUCGACAACCUCAAGGGCACCUUUGCUAAGCUGAGUGAACUGCACUGUGACAAGCUGCACGUGGAUCCUGAGAACUUCAGGCUCCUGGGCAACGUGCUGGUGUGUGUGCUGGCUCGCAACUUUGGCAAGGAAUUUACCCCUCAGGUGCAGGCUGCCUUCCAGAAGGUGGCUGCUGGUGUGGCCACUGCCCUGGCUCACAAAUACCACUGAGCUGCUUUUCCUGCUUUCCAGGGAAAGUGCCUUCCACCCCAGAGACCAACUACUGCACAUGGGAAUUUCAUGAAGGGCUUUGACUACCUGGUUUCUGAGUAAUAAAAAGCAUUUAUUCUCAUUGCA